AUGCGGGCCGCGAGCCACGCCCACGCCCAACCACAUCAGUCACACCCCCGACCGACCUCUGAGCCGCCCGGCCUCGCCGUAAUACCGCCCUUAAUCGAAAUGAGCGUCUUGUUCGAAACGAGUCUGGGAGACCUGGUGCUCGACUUGGACGUCGACCGCUGCCCGAAGACGAGCGAGAACUUCCUCAAGCUCUGCAAGACCUACUACUACAACUUCUGCUCGUUCUUCAACGUGCAGAAAGACUUCAUUGCCCAGACGGGGGACCCGACGGAUCUGGGCACAGGGGGGGAGUCGAUCUGGGCGCGACUUCCGCCGAGCGGCUCGGCUGGUGAUGAGCAUGGAAGGCGACACUUCAAGGCGGAGUUGGGGGCGCAGAAGGAGCACCACAAGACGCUGAACCAUAGCCGACGGGGGACGCUGGGGAUGGCGGUAUCGGAGGGGAAGAGCGGGAGCCAGUUCUAUCUGACGCUGGCGGAUGGGCUGAGCGAGCUGGACGGGAAGCAUGUGGUGUUCGGGAGACUGGUGGAGGGGUUCGAGGUGCUGGAGCAGAUCAACGAGGCCUUAGUGGACGAGCAGGGCCGGCCGUUGCGGGAGAUCCGACUGCGGCACGUGGUGGUGCUCGACGACCCGUUCCCGGACCCCGUCGGACUGGAGAUCCCGGCCGACUCGCCGCCUCCUCCAGAGGCCGCCGAGCGGGGGAAACAUCUUCGGGUGGCCGACGACGAGGAGCUGGACGAGGAUCUGGAGCCGAGUGAGGUGGAGGAGCGUCGACGGGAGCGCGAGGCCCGCGCGCAGGCUCUGACGCUCGAGAUGGUCGGCGACCUCCCGUUCGCCGAGGUCGCCCCGCCCGAAAACAUCCUCUUCGUCUGCAAGCUCAACGCCAUCACCCGCUCCGAAGACCUCGAGCUCAUCUUCUCCCGCUUCGGCCCCAUCCUCUCCUGCGAAGUCAUCAAAGACCCCAAGACCCAGGAUUCUCUGCAGUACGCAUUCAUCGAGUUCGACCAGCGGGAGGACGCGGAACGGGCCUACUUCAAGAUGGACGGCGUGCUCAUCGACGACCGCCGGAUCCACGUCGACUUCUCCCAAUCAGUCUCCAAGCUACAUUCCGACUGGAUCUUCAAGCGCACCGGCACCCGCGUCAAGCCUGGCCAGCGCUAUGCACAGCGCCCCCGCAAGCCGCCCGGGCCGGGGCCGUCCCAAGCCGGGCAGUACCCGAUGGCCUUCGACGAGGCUGAGAUCGCUGGCCGGUCCGGCCGCCGCGCCGAUGAUCGAAGACGGGACGACCGGAGACAUGACGAUCGGAGACAUGACGAGCGGAGACAGGACGAGAGGAGACAUGAUGACCGGAGACAUGAUGACCGGAGACAUGAUGAUCGGAGACAGGACGACCGGAGACAUGAUGAUGGUCGCAGACACGCUCAGGCCGGCAGGGCCCAUCGGCCCGACCCGCGUGCCCGGGAUGCUGAGCACGAGCGGCGCAGGCGGCGGUCGCGCAGCCCUGUGACUGUGGGGGCCCGCCGGUAG